AUUCCUUCAUUCAUUCUCACCACACUCUCUCUCUCCACUUGCACUUUCUCUCUCUAGAUGAGACAAUAUCGAUAGAGAUGUCUCUGAGGAGAUCAAUCCUCUCACGAAGGACUGCAAGUCGAUCCUUCACGUUCUCCAAAUCAUUCAAAGAAGCGAAAGCUCUAGAAAUUUCAGAAGCGGAAACACGAGACGAGAAGAGUGAUGUGGUGGGGGUCGAAUUGGACGGUGUUGAUCGAAAUUUCAAUGGCCGUUCGUGGUCUACUAUGCUGCCGGAGCUCCUCGGAGAAAUUAUAAGGCGAGUCGAAGAGAGCGAAGACCGGUGGCCGAUUCGUCGAAACGUCGUCGCUUGCGCUUGUGUGUGCAAAAGGUGGAGAGAAGUUACCAGAGAUAUCGUUAAGUCUCCACUUCACAGUGGCAAGAUCACCUUCCCUUCUUGCCUUAAACAGCCGGGACCGCGUGACUCUCCGCUUCAAUGUCUUAUAAGACGGAACAAGAAAAACUCAACAUUUUACCUUUAUCUUGCUCUUACCCCAUCAUUUGCAGAUAACGGAAAGUUUCUCUUGGCAGCACGAAGGUAUAGGCAUGGUGCCCAUACAGAGUACAUCAUAUCACUUGAUGAUCAAGAUCUGUCACAAGGAAGCAAUGCCUAUUUUGGAAAGUUAAGCUCGGAUUUCCUUGGCACCAACUUUACAAUCUAUGACAGCCAACCCCCACACUGUGGUGCAAAGCCCUCGAGCAGCAAAGCCAGCCGCCGUUUUGCAAGCAAGCAAAUAAGCCCCCAAGUUCCAGCAGGCAACUUUGAGGUUGGACAGGCCUCCUACAAGUUCAACCUCUUGAAAUCAAGAGGCCCGAGGAGGAUGGUAUCUUCACUCGAGUGCCCAUGCUCAGCGGAAACUGCUGCUAACACACCUCAUGACAAUUCUGAGAUGAAGAAGCUGAAGGCUGCUGCCUCUGGAUACACAGUUUUGAGGAACAAAGCUCCGAGGUGGCAUGAACACUUGCAAUGUUGGUGCUUGAAUUUUCAUGGUCGGGUGACAGUUGCAUCUGUAAAAAACUUUCAACUGGUUGCAACAAUGGAUCAAAGCCAGCCCGGAGGAAAAGGUGACGAGGAAACAGUUCUACUCCAAUUUGGUAAAGUAGGAGAUGAUAUCUUCACCAUGGAUUAUAGGCAGCCCUUGUCGGCAUUCCAGGCAUUUGCCAUUUGCCUCACCAGCUUUGGUACGAAACUGGCCUGUGAGUAAUAUAUUUCCUGUUACCUGUGUAUGCAAGAAAAGAAAUAGGUGCACAUGGAUGUUUUAUUAUAGGUUUUUUUAUUGUCACAUUUCCAUGUUUGAAGCAUGUGUACAUUUUGUGAUUGUAUAAUGUAUGACAUAACUUUACCUAAAUUUAUUAAUAGCAAACAUUCAAACUGCCAACAAGUAUGGUGGUUUUCAAACUAUUAACAAAUUAAA